AAUAAAUUUUGACGUUUGUUUACCACCUUCCUAAUUUUUUUCUAAAACGUCACCAUAUCCAAAACAUCAUGGUUAUAUCCGGCAUUUAGUGUAAGAAUCAGUGAAAGUGCAAUUUAAACAUGUUGACUACAGACGACCGGCUUUUUUUCGGCGACUACGCAUUUAAAGAUUCGCCGGAAUCGUGCAGCGAUAACUCAUGUUCCACAGAUUACUUAGAACUAAAAUCCGACGAGGAUUUCCUGACUCAGCUGUCGUGCGAUUUGGAUAUACCGUUAUUAUUAAAUCCUGGAGAAGAUGAAAUGCGAAUGCUUAAUUCAUUUUUUGACAAAAGUCCAGAUGAAAUCUUAUCAGAUAUUGCCUCUCCUGCCAGCUUAAAGGACAAUGAAAUAUGCCAUGAAAUCAACGAUUUGCAGGAGAUGGACUUUUCUCAGUGGGGUCCAGAGGCUUUUCCUAAUCUACAAUCAGGCAUUAAACAGGAAAUUAAAUCUAAGGAGGAAUUGUACAGUGCUUCAGAUUCGGAUAAUUCAGUUUCUUCAGUUAAUAUUAAAACAGUUCCACUGCAAACUAAAGUGAAAAGGGAAGUGUUGAAUCCUUUAAGUCCAAGUGCAACAAUAAAUAUAGGCGGAAAUAUUUUGUACACCCAACCGCUAGUCGUUGUACCUCAAAACCAAGACAUUACUAAACUUCCUAAAAGAGUACCAAUUCAACCCAAAACACCUUAUGCUAUCCCACUAAACAAAAAUAAGGUGGUUGCAAUUAAAAAGGAAAUAAACAGAAACAUUUCAAGCCCAGUUUCUCCUAAAGUUGUGGUACUUGAAAACAUUGGUUCUUUAAAUAAUGUUAAAACUAUAACCCCAGUGACAACAGUUGCAGCUCAACAAAAAGUGACAGUGCCUUCCAUGAUUUACACUAGUAAUGGGUUAAAUUUAGGUGCAGACAAAAAUAUUGAUCCUCGAAUAUUAAAACGACAGCAAAGGAAAAUUAAGAAUAGGGAAUCUGCCUGUUUGUCAAGAAAAAAGAAGAAAGAUUAUUUGACUUCUUUGGAAGAAAAAGUUAAGGAAUUAACAGAUGAAAAUUAUAAUUUGCAAUUGGAAAAUAAUCAACUUAAAGAACGGCUCCAAGAAUUUAUCAGUGUCCCAGUCCCAACAUUAACCAGUAAAAAUGUUAAACAAAGCAUUGUUUUAUGCGUAUUUCUAUUCGUGGUUGCUAUUAAUUUCGACGCAUUAAGGGGUACAUUUAAUACCAAGCAAGAACUGGACAAAAUAAUACAAAAAAGUCCUAUACCUAAGCUGGACCACCACGGCCGAAGCUUAUUGUGGACCCCAGAAGAAGAAAUCAAGAAAAACACAUCGAAUUACUCCCCCUUGACAAUGUGUCCGGUAACGAUAAACCAAACGGAAAGCGCGAGGCUGGUCCUCGAGCUGGAACGUUGGAUCGGCAAACCAAUCGACACCAAAAAACCCUCCAAGGUGGCUGAAAUAAUAUCGAAAAAACAACAACGGGCCAAUCGGAAGAGGAAAUACAAAAGCGCCCCCCUGAUGGAGUACAAGAACCACGGGAUUGCCAGUUUGCCGGCGAAACAAGCGGGAAACAACGAGUUGCAGGUGUUUUUGCCAUCGACCGAACAGUUGUACGCUGAAUUUUUCGAGGCCAUCAACCGGCAGUCGGACACGUUUUACGUGGUUUCUUUUAGCGACCACCACAUGCUUUUGCCGGCGUUGCAUCAUAAUAAAACGCAGAGGCCCAAGAUGUCUCUGAUCAUGCCAUCCAUGCUACCAAAUGGUUCCACUCCACAAGGAACAUUGAUGCCCCUAAUGCAAAUCGAUUGCGAAGUUCUGGACACCCGGCUGAUUCACGUGAAGUACGGCACGAUUCCGCAACACCUAAGAACAUCGGAAAACGCUACAGCGACCAAACCGGAAAGCCAUACCAGCAAUAACGUGAGUAAAUCGACGGAAAGUCCCACCGCAAAGUACGCGAAAAAAACAUACAAACCUUAUUUCAUCGACAAGAACUCCUUCAAGGUUAACAGUAGGUUUUUAAACGGGAAUUAAUAUCGGCGGACAUUUUAAUUAAAUUAAUUAAAGGCCGGUGCAAUAAGUAUUAAUUCGAAACCAAAUUGUUUACAAACAUUUUGUUGUAAAACUACUAAAAAUAUAAGAGUAAUUUAAAGUUCUUUAAAUAAAUUUAUAACAGAAACAUUUGUUUUUAUUUAACCAAUUUUAUAAAUAAAAGGGUUAGAAAUUGUGAACAUUAUAAAAUUAAUCACUUGCUUGGUAAAAUAAUGUCUCUUUAAGUACUAAAAUU